UUGUAUUCGAAACCGCUUCGAACCUUGGCGUUGCAGCAGUUAAUGGAUUUAUUGUCCUGGCAUCGGUGCGUGGGAUUUGUCUGUGGUAAUCAUGGAUAAGAUACUGAUUGGUGUACUUAUUUGUGAUCAUAAUGAGAGCACAAAAGUUUUGCUCUUCAGGAAGCUAAGGGAAUAUGUUAAUAAACUGGACGACACAGACUUCUUUAAAGAUGCUGUAUUGUUCUGUUUUGAGUGCCUUCAUGAAAAAGCCAACUACUCGGAGUCUUUUUUUAUUGAGAUUAAUGGGCUUCUUGCCUGCAUUGAAACCCAUCUUUCGGAUAUCGCCGUAUUAUACCUCUCUCAGAAGAUUAUUGAUUCCUUCGACCGAUUUUUAGACCCUUCAUUUCCGAAAUUAUUGUUAGUUUAUGUGAAGAAACUUCUAAGGCGUCAUGUCUUAAUUUGCCUGAGAUCAACUGUGAAAGAACCAGGAAACCUUCUUCCAUUGAAUUCGGGGCUUUAUUCUGUUUUAAAAUGCAGACUUCUGGAGAAUGACAAACAGUUGUGUCUAAAUAUUCAGUAUGCUCUUGAUAACAUAUCAAGUCAAAAGGCAGCUGCUUAUGAUCUCUGUGAUAAAAUGUAUAUAGAUCUUUUGUCCAAUAUGUUCCAGAUGUUACUUACUCUAUGUUCUCAAGUAUUUUUGGAAAAUCUCCACUGUAAUUCCUUGGAAGUUGAACUUGCCCAGUCUUUAUCACGCUCAUUAAUUGUAUUUGUAACACAACCAAGACUUUCCAACAGUUCUUCUUUAAAUUCAUGUGUACUUACAGAGCACAUCAAUUCAUUAGUGCAGGAUAUUCUUGUUGAUACUAAUAGUGAUCAUCAUCAUAUUCCCGUUGCCUGCAUUCUGUCUGAACUGCAGCACUUCUGCUCUAACAACGCACUGUUGACAGAAAGUGUCUGUAGAUUCAUUGAUCAACUCAGUCAAUGUCGCAUCAGUACUAUUGAGUCCUGCUUUGUGGUAUUACGACGUUUGACCGCAUGGCUGGCUUGGACAGAAAUGACUACACACCGAUGUGCUUUAGACAUAUGGCUUAUCGGAUUCCAGUGUGAAAUGCUCAGAAGAUUUUCUCCGAAUAAGUCACAGUUGUUUGCCACUUACUGGUCAGAAUUCAUUAGCUGGCAGCUUAAAUUUCUUCUUGAACUUAUGGAACGUGUGAUAUUUCCACAUGAGUCAACCGUAAACGCGUUAACCUUUUUCAUUCUUUAUAGAGAGGGAAGGCAUGAUAAAUGUGCUUAUGAUAUCGUUUCUUAUAUAGCUCCUAUUUUGAAUAAAAUGAUUUGCAUGUAUGUCGAUGACCCUUCAAAUGAGCACUACAAAGACAUUUUACUCAGAAUGUACGCUACGUCACGACUUCUGGACGCUAUGGUUAGCGCUGAAGAUGAUCAUACAUCUAGGAAUUUUCUUCAAAAAACCAACUGCCUGACUGACUUAUUGGAGAAGUUUCACAAUCAAUUCAUCGAUGAAAAUGAUGUUGAUGUAUGGAGCUCUCGGUCAAAAAUUUAUAGUCUGGAGGCAUUAGUAAAGUUUGCAUCUCAAGCUGGAAUUCGUAUUCGGAAUAUUUGGGAGCGUUGGGAUAUAACUUCAUCUAUUCGGUUAAGAAACACUUAUUCAGGUGCUGCACAAAAAGCAAAUCGUUCAGUUACUGGCUAUAGUGGUCUUUUGAAUGUAGGCAAUACCUGUUAUGCAAAUGCUGCUUUACAACUACUUUAUCACUGCUCAGAAUUCCGUAAUGCUUUACUUGGAUUUCACAAACCAGAUACAUUGACCAGCACAGCUGUAACUUCUUGCUCCUCACUUUCAAAUUUCAACUUGUCAAAUAACUUAAUUUUGCCAGUUUCACAUCCCGUUGAAGGUGCAUGGCCAUCAGAUAGUGAAAAGUUACCAGUUGGAAAUCAAGGAAUUUUACAUGCUCAUCUGUUUUCACUUUUUCGUUCUCUUGAUACACACCAAAUUCCAACUGUUCGUGAUUUACGAGCUGUAUUAACGCUUACUAAACCAGCACAUUUUGUAUCUGGUGAACAACAGGAUGCAGCUGAAUACUUGAACUACUUGUUAGAUCGCUUACAUGAAGAAGAGUUACAUUGCCAAAGACAAAGAAGUUUGUCUCUGAAUUCUUAUAGCGAUUCAUCCACUUUAACACCUGAUGCAACCGUCGAUUCGUCUUCAGUCAACAUAAAAAAUGCUGUCGAAAAUGCUUCCUUUGCUUACAGUACACAUACACAGUCAUACUCGACUGAGUCUACAGAAAAAGUCGAUACCAGUUCUUCGACUAAUUCUACUGGUUCUUCAUCUUCAAUUGUUGCACGUCUUUUUGGAGGUACACUGUUAAGGCAUACUUCUUGUGUUGAAUGUCAACAUGUCUCUAGUUCUAGACAAGAACAGUUUACUUGUUUAUAUGUUCCACUAACAAAGCCGAAAGAAUUAUUGUAUCAAGAUCAAACACCCAACGAGGAUCUAAGCUUCGUAAAUGAUAUUCCUGAAUCAAAUGACUCCGAUAUAUUGGAUGAUGAAAUUGUUGAACCUGGUACAGAUUUGUCUAGUCUAAUACAAUCUCAUUUUACACAAAUAGAACAUGUGGCAUCAUCAACACAAUGUGAAUCAUGCGGUAAGCGUACAAUUCAAGCGAGAAGUUUGAAACUACAACAUUUAUCCUCUCAUGUAUUAAUAUGCUUAAACUUAUUCAGAUAUUGUCGAGUGAAACAGACUUGUUCAAAAAUUAUGCAUCGUGUACGUAUACCAGAGCGUUUAUCAGUUACUGUGUCUUCUUCUCCUGCUUCUGCUUCGUCGAACACAGAAACUUAUGGAUAUAAUAACAUUUCUACAUCGAAUGAUGAUUCUAGUAAAUCGAAAUGCAAUUCACGUACAUAUAGUCUACAGGCAAUGAUUUUACACAGUGGUCUAUCAAUAAGUUGUGGUCAUUAUACAUGUGUGGCUAAGGUUGGUAUGCAGUGGAUAUUGUUCGAUGAUGACAAUGCUGAUUAUACAACAUUAGAAGAUGUCUAUUCUGAGCCUUUAGCUACACCAUAUCUUUUAUUGUACAGUCAGACUUAAUAGUAGUAUAACUUUCUUUAUGUAAUAAUUUCAACUUCUUCUUUCUCCCGUAGUUUGCUCUCAUUAAAAUAUAUUUUAUCGGCAUUUUUGUUUUCAAAACAAACAUUUACAGUCAUUCAACUAACAGAGGUUUCUUUUUUCUGGAUUUUUUUGUCUGAAAAUUGGAUAUAUGCAUUGUAUUUUUUUUCCAAAAUAUACUUAAUCAAGUAGUAAAUAUGAACACAAUUCACGGGAAUUGAUGAGAUAUUUUCUUGCAAUGUAGCUAGCUUUAUUUUUUCUGAAUUUUGUUCGGUUUUUCAACAGUACUGUGAAUAAUUAAUUGAGUGAUCAAGGUCGAAAGGUUUGUCAAGUUAUCA